AAAGUGACGUAGUGGCGGGGGCUCUUAACGCUGGGCUGCUGGGUUUGAACGGUGUCAGUGGUCUUUGUUAGGGCGCUGUCGGUGUUGUUGCACGGAUUUGUAGGUUUGUAGUGGAAGAGGUGAGAGGCGAUGGCGAGUCAAUCGAUGGAUAUAACCAAGGUGCUGGAGCAGCAGGUGCUCCAAACGGUAUGCGCGGUGGAGGAGCAGCUUGACGCAGAGCUUGAGAAGCUGGAGAGAAUGGAUGAGGAGGAGCUGGAGAAACUAAAAGAGAGAAGACUGGAGGCCCUAAAGAAAGCUCAGAAGCAAAAGCAAGAAUGGCUCUCAAAAGGACAUGGUGAAUACAGAGAAAUUCCCAGUGAGAAGGAUUUCUUUUGUGAAGUGAAAGAAAGCAAAAAUGUCAUUUGCCACUUCUACAGAGACUCUACCUUCAGGUCUAAAAUUUUAGACAAGCACCUUGCUAUACUGGCAAAGAAGCAUCUGGAGACAAAGUUCAUUAAGCUCAAUGUGGAGAAGGCCCCAUUUCUCACAGAGCGACUGCGCAUCAAAGUCAUUCCCACCAUGGCGCUUGUCAAAGAUGGGAAGACCAAGGAUUACGUGGUGGGCUUCACAGACCUUGGUAACACAGAUGAAUUCUCUACUGAGAUGUUGGAGUGGCGACUGGGCUGUUCAGACAUCAUUAACUACAGCGGUAACUUGUUGGAACCUCCCACAGUUGGGAAGAAAUCAGGCUCAAAGUUCACCAAGAUUGACAAGAAGACAAUUCGUGGAAAAGGCUAUGAUUCAGACUCCGAUGCAGAUGAUGAUUAGAGAACUUUGCUAGUACCUUAUUCUCUCCUUUUCUCAGGACUUUUCAUGACCCUUAAUUCAAAAUGGCUGACAAACCAUUUGUGUAUUCAGCUAUAUGUUUUUGCAUUGUCAUUGUAUGCAUCUUCCUUUCCUCUUAUUUAGGAAUAAAUUAAGAAUUUAAUGUGGCACAUCAUGCCAAGAAUAGUGUGCAACAGUACCCCUUGAGGCUAAAUGCAAAUUUUUCAAUUAUACAUAAAUAAUGCAAAUUUUGUCAACCUGUCAACACUUCAGGGAAGUUUAUACAUCAUGAAUCUUAACUGGAAUUCUAAGUCAUGCUCAUCUAGUCUUUGAAAAUCAUACAAUACAGAAGUAGUUUAUUUCUGCAGUUUAACGGGCAUAAAUUGUUUAAUUUAUGCUUGUGUAUAUUCAGUGAAAUUUAACUGUCCAAUACAGCCCUUUGCCCAUCUGGCUGAAAAACUUGAGAAAUUUGUUCCAAGUUACUUUUUUAAAACAAGAUUAGCAUGACUGGAUGAUGAAACUGUUAAUCAUACUGAACUCAGUCCAAGAACAAUAUUGAUAUCUAAAAUGUUUAAUCAUCUAGUCCAAGUACAGCCUUUGCUGGAGCCUUAAAGGCAAACUCCCAACUGAAUAAGUUUAAGACUGAGAAGCUGUAUAGAACUUCUCAAUAUUUAACAUAAAACAGAAAAAUGGAAAAAAUGUAAAGGGGGUUUGAGUAGUAAAUAAAAGAUAAGGAGUAUGUCUCUUACUUUUUGUUCGGAGAGUGAGGUUUUUCUAGCGCCCAAGUCUAAACUGGAAUUUACCU